UGGGCGAGGCAAUGGGAUCUGACUGUUGUAAAUAGUUAAACAAGGUCGAUGUACAAAGGUCAAAGUGCACUAGUGCAGAAGUAUUUUGAGUUGAACAUACGCCUUAAUCUAAUACUAGUUGUUUCUUGCUAUUUAUGAAACACUAAAGCGUUAACAUGAUGAAAGGGGUGGUUAGGUUGGAGUUCAGAGGGCCAGUCGCCAUAUUGUACAUGGACUAUGGAGAAAACCGUGUAGACGGCCAACUGAUCGCCGAUUUCAACCGAGCAUUGGAUCAGGUGGAGAGUAACCCUUCCAUCAAGGCCCUGGUCACCACUGGGGUGGGGAAGUUCUACAGCAACGGUCUGAACCUGAGAUGGAUGACGCAGCUGGCGAGGGAGGGGAGGCUUUCUGAGUUGGAAAAAUUUCACCUUGAACGGCUUCUGUUUCUGGAACGACUUCUCACUUUCCCCAUCCCUACUGUUGCAGCUAUUAACGGGCACAGUGUGGCGGAGGGCGCGUUCUGGGCACUGUACCAUGACUACAGGGUCAUGCGAACCAAGAGAGGCUGGUUCUCCCUUCCUGAAGUUCACAUCAACCUCGUGCUUCCUCAGCAUAUAAUCCAACUCACCAGGAACCGGGUGAGUGGCGCUGUGGUGCGGGAUGCUCUGGUGUUCGGAAAGUGGUACAGUCCGGAGGAGAGUCUUCAGGCAGGCUUUGUUGACCAGCUGGCUGAGCCAGAGGAACUGCUGGAAUCUGCAAUCAAGUUGGCUCUUGACUGUUUGGGUAAACACGGUUAUGAACGGAGCGCGCUGAAAGCCAUGAAGGAGAACGUGAACAAGGGCGUCCUGGAAGCAGCCGCCGAGGCAAAGCGUAACAUAGUAAACAUUGAUCACUUCAAAUAUGCAAGAGCUGCAAAGUUAUAACGUAAUCCGUUCAGAUGCUGGAGACUUACAGCAGGACGCGACUCAAUAACACGAGUUCAGUCUGUAGAUAAUGAUCUGUCAUAAAUGUUGAGGAAGUUACAUACAUAUAUAUUAUACACUUCUGGCAGCAAUUGUGCAGUGCUUAAUUGCUUUAUAACCUAAACUAGACUAAUUAUUGACUGGACUUAAUCAGAGCUGUGCAACACCUACUCAUUUCUUGGUUCUCCGUCCUUUUCUAAAAGACGUUUGACGGGGUUGCAGUUGCACACAGGGACCUGCUCUCUAAUGGUAAUCUCCAAGCAGA